UGCCUCUCUGGAAAAAAAAUUGCUCCACUCUCUUUGGGAAUUGGAAUUGGAAUUCAAGCGAGCGACCGGAGAGAGAGGCGAGCGCCGCUUCCUCCCCCAGCCCACCACCGGAGCCCUUCCCGAGCGCGAGACCUAGGGUCCAAGCCGCCGCCGCCGCCACCGCCGGCCCUCCGCCGCGGCGUGCCCAGCCAGCCGACCCUCUCGCUGCCCCGCCGCCGGCGCAGCAGCGCCUCCCUCCCUGUCCCUGGAGCAGCCGCCCCCGCCCAGCAACGCUGCCGCCCGGAGCUUCGCCGCCGACCGGUCCACAGGCAGCAGGGCAUCAGCAUUGUCAAUUGGAGAGGCCUGGAGCUGCUUCGGCACCCACAGCAAAGUAAACAAGAAGGCGUCAGUUCUUGAAGCUUGCAGAACCCUCGCCCACGCGGAUGGAGAACCGAAAGAACACUGGCCUCAGGACAAAGCUUCCAAACGAUGGGAUGGUGCAGGAGCAGGAGCCUGCUAUCAAGGUGAUGUACCAAGCCCUGAAGGAGAUAGAAAGUGAGCUCCAGAACCUCCGGGACGACAACAACCAGCUCCAUGAUGAGCUCCUUGGGAAAGACCGACAGCUUGCGGAGACACGGACACUUCUAGUUGACAGGGAGCACAAGCUUUCGAACACCCAGGCACUUCUCGUUGACAGGGAGCAGCAGCUUGCGGCCCAGACACUUGUUGUUGACACCACCCUACAUCGAGCCAUGUCUGCAGGUCGCUCUCAGCACACGGCCACCUCGAGCAUACGGCGCCGGCAGGAGGCCGAGCGCGCCGUGGCAGAGGAGCGUGAGCGAGCAGCUGCAGCAGCAAGGGCGUCGAGGCUGGCUGCAGCGGAGCUGGCAGCAGCCAGAGCGGAGGUAGAAGCAGCCAGGGCGGAGGUAGAAGCAGCAACAGCAGCAGCAGAUUGCAGGGAGGAACUACAAACCUUCAAGGGCAUCGGAGAGAAGAGAGCAAGAAUGAUACUGGAACUUCGCGAGCUGUCCCCAGAGGUCUUUGCAUCAGUCAAGAAUGUCCUAGAUUCUAUUGAAAUGAAGAAGCCAGAGGUGUCCAAUAUGAUGUGGGACAUGAUGGUCGGGCCCUAGUCGGAAUGGUGAAGAAGACUGUAAUCAUCCAUCAAUCAGCUUAAUAUUCCAUCCAAUUUUAGCAUGGUUUCCUAAAGCUAGCAAAUGAAAAUGGUUAAAGAAGUUAAUGGUGGAGGCUUCAGACUCUUCCAACAGCUAAACAUUUUGACAUGGGGCAGUCACAUUAGGCAUCUUUUUAAUGAACUGAGUGUUAAUUAUUGCUUGAUAUCUAACUGUAGUUAGUAUUUGUGAUGGUAAGACCAUGAUUAACACAUUAAUAUCCUUGGUGCAGUGUUACUCGUGCGAAUUUGACAUGUAUAGCUUAUGGUCAACGUGUAUGAUUGGGUUGAAUUAUUUUACUGUCGUGCUGAUUA